AUGAAGUCGAGUGCUUCCCUUGUAAGGCGAAUUGAAAAAUAUGUUGGCCGCGUUGAAGGCCCUCUAGGAUGCAGAUGCGUGGCGAUCGGUGCCAAUUUAGCACAUGGAAGACGACGUCAAUACGAAUACAUGACUCUUGCCCGUGCUGGCAUUGCACUGGGGCAUUCACGGAGAGCAAUUUUAGCACCAUAUGCCCUGCUUUUGUUAACUUCAGCUUCGCUGUUCUUAAAACCUCGAUUCAAAAUCCACUGUUUCGUUCCCGAUUCUAACUAUCUGUUAAUAUCAAGCGCCUAUCCUCGAUAUUGCUUUGUCAGUCAGCAUUCGCGUGUGCUUCAACCGCAAAUGUAA